CGCCCACCCAACUUGGUUGUUCGAGAACUUUGAAUGGUCACCACUCGGAUUCGACCAGCAGUCUUCUCCACAUACCCACCUCACCUAUCAUGGACGACGUCGUGAACCUCCAUAAGCGCUUGACCAAAUUCCUUGCCGGCGAAGACAACGAUCAGAACGGCGUCGCAGAUGCGAUGGAGCAUCUGAAUACUGUCGACAUGACGCUGGCGAUCCUCAAGGACACCAAGAUCGGCCAGACUAUCGCCAAAUUGAGGAAACACGACGCCGAAGUGGUGUCAUCGAAGGCCAAGCAUCUGCUAAAGAAGUGGAAGACGCUUGCAUCUAGACCCAGCGACUCGGAUAUCAAGGUAGACCCGGACGUCAAGAGCGAGAUGGGCACCCCAAAGGUGAGUCCGACCGCGAGCGAUUUGUCGGCCAAGGACGAGUCCAAGUGGUCGGUGAAGGUCGAGACAAUCAAAGACGAGCCCAAGCGGCCAGUGAAAGACGAUCCGGCUGCCACCCCCAUCACAAUCCGGCGCGCACCAGUCCACGCGUUUUCGAGCCAGCGCAACUCGACGCCGUUCGAGUUCAUCCCGAAGGGAUUGCAGGACGUGCGCGCCACCGUGCGCCGAAAGCUCAAGGAGGUGUUGAGUGUCGCGGAAACCCCGGAACUCGUCGCCGAAGCAGAGUUUGUGGCCGUGGGGAUCGAAGUGGCCAUGGCGCGCGAGUUCAAGAUGGACUCGGCGCGCAACACGAACGAAGGCAAGAAGCACUACACUGACAAGUAUCGCCAAGUAUCGUUUAACCUCAAAAAGAACGAGUCGCUGCGCCAGAACCUGCUCACGCAUCACAUCUCUGGCGACCAACUCAUCAAGAUGAGUCCGGACGAGAUGGCCACGGAGGAGCGGCGGAAGGAGAUGGACCAGCUGCGCGACGACGCGUUCCAGCGCGCGCGGCUCGACUGGGCGGAAGCAAACGCGGACAAGAUCAACAAGGCCUGCGGCAUCAAGGACACGAGGGGCCUCUUCACGUGCGGCCGGUGCAAAUCGACCAAGACAAGCAACACGCAGCAGCAGACGCGCAGUGCCGACGAACCCAUGACGGUGUUUGUGAUCUGCCACAACUGCGGAAAGCGGUGGAAGUGCUAGCAACAACCAAGCCACGGAUUCAGGUUGCUUUAUUUAACAUAACUAGCCAGUAAGGAGGUUAUGCUGCACAAAUGUCGCAAGGAGGUUACUGUGCACGUGUAUGCUGUAUACUGUAUAUAAAUAAGUAUACGUACCAACCAUGCCUUCUUCUCCUGUGUGGGCAAUACA